AGCUAUUUUCCAAAUGAUGUGCUGCGUGAUAUCGGGUCAAAAUCUUCAUGUUCAGAAGAAGUGAGAAGUGAUAUAGAGUGUCCAACUGGAUCUGUUCCAAUUCUCAGAAGCAACCGAAGCUUUAGAAGUACAAUGCCAUUAAGAGCACUGGUGGGGUCCGGUCCCGAUUAUGAUCCUAAUAGUACUAUCCGACUUGCCAUGGUCUCGACAGGACGUCAUUCAGAUCCAAUCUAUGGUUCCGAAGCGGAAUUCUCAGUCUACGAGCCCAGUGUUGGUGAGGGACAAUCACCAAGGUUUAGUUCAGCAUUCCUUGCAGUACAAAAUGGAGCUCCGCCAACCUACAGUAUGAUAAUGGUGGGAUGGGAUGUUAAUCCGCAGUAUUAUGGCGAUGAUCGUGCCCAUUUUGAAAUUGUGUGGGUUGACAAGGGCACUGCAUGCGCAAAUCUUGGCUGUCGUGGCUUUGUGCAACAAAGCAAACAGGUAUUCCCUGGAUUGAAAAUAACCCCUGUUUCAACAGUAGGUGGACAGCAAAGCUACCUACAUCUGAAGGUUUUCAAGGACCAAAAAACUGGGAAUUGGUGGUUGAUAUAUGGCGAUGGCCACCACCCAGUAGGCUACUGGCCAAAGGAACUCUUCACGUACAUGGCUGAUGCCGCGGACGCCGUCAGCUGGUUUGGCAUGGUGGCGGCGGCGCGUGGCGAGCCGACGCCUCCCAUGGGCAGUGGCCAGUCACCUGACCAAGGAGAAGGCAAAGCUGCGUACUUCGAAAAUAUCAGAGUUGUCGAUGCGAGCCAUAACCUUGUGGUUCCUAGCCUCGGUGGCUGCCAAACGCAUGUAACCGUGCCAAGCUGCUACGCGUUAGGCCACUUCAGAAAUUCUGAUGAUGGUUCGGGUCUUCGUUUCCUCUACGGUGGAGGAGGUUGCCAUCCGGAGUGAUG